AUGGCCAUCUGCGGGAGCGGCCGCUUGGUUUCCUCCCGGCCAGUCCGAAGUCAAUGGAUCCCCUUCAAGGCAGCAAAGGCUAGAAUAGGAGCGUUUGUUGGGACCCUGGAGUAUGAGGAUGGUUUGUUGGUGGCGUGGGGUUACGUUGUUGAACAUGGAAACUCUAAUUCACAUCCCCAAACACAAGGAAAGUACCAUGCAAAGCAGAAACCCAACCCUUUCAACAACAAAAACCAGUCGACAGUAUCCAACUUGGCAGCUUUCCAACCUGCCCGAAUACCAAAAACGAAAAGAAACGAAAUGACUUGUCAACAAAUGAGCGAAAGAAAAGUAUCGAAAACUGCCAACCCAGACGCCUGCGUUCGAUCUCACGAAAGAGAGAGGAGCGCUUUAUGCAAGCCGUCCACAACAUGA